UUUUGUUAAUUUGUACUUAGAUUUAGAAAUGGGAAGCGAAGAUUUAUCUAUUUUAGAACUGAAUAUGAAUGAUUUCCUACCGGUACCUGAUAAAUCAUCCGAAGGCAAGACCCUAGAAUGUUUUUUCACGAGAGAGAGGACCCUUAAACUUUUACAGUUAUAUAAAGUAAACAGGAAAAAGCUUGGCUCAUAUGAAGUCAAAAAUAUGAAGAAACUGUGGGAAAUAAUAGCACAUGAUCUUUCUACUGAAUAUAAAAUAACAAUUCCAGCAAAUAAGUGUGAAAAUAAAUUUAAAGUGUUAGAAAGAAAUUACAAAAAGGUUAUUGAAAACAACAACAAAACAGGCAGGGGCAGGAAGUUGUUUGAAUAUGAGCAAGACAUGGAUGAGAUCUUUGAGAAAAAGAAGAAUAUCAAUCCAGUCAUAUUGCUAUCCAGUUCGUCCACCUAAAAUCCAAACAGAAAGCUCUGUACAUAUCGAAUUAUCUAUUCCAGAAAUUAUUGAUACUCAACCUUCUUGUUCGUACAAUACUCUAACCAAAGAUAAUCCCCUCGGAGAAACAGCAAGUACAUCCUCUAAGACAUCUUUAAAAAGGAAGAGACAUAGCCCUAUGUAUGUCAAAAGAAACGAUAUACUUUUAGAAUUAAAAAAUGAUCUGAAAGUAUUUUAUGAAAAAAGGACCAGAGGGCCCAAGAGAAGUUAGAGAUUGAGAGAAGAAAACUGUCUGAUACGGAAAAAAGAACAUCAAUU